AUGUUCUCAAACCUUAUUGCACCACCAGUUAUUGCUAAACUAGGAUCGAAGUGGUCACUAGUUAUUGCUGCUACAACGUAUGUCGGAUACAUGGCCGUUUUUCUUCAUUUGGAAACAUGGUUGUACUAUGCCGCUUCUGCUUUGAAUGGAGUUGGGGCAGGAGUCCUCUGGACCGCCAAUGGCGUGUACCUGGUGGAACAUUCUAAAAAAGAGAAUCUACCUACAAAUACGGUUAUUAUGUGGUCAGUGAUGCAGACAUCACUUCUGGCCGGAUCGAAAGCAGCAGAAACUGGUCCGAUCAUCGAAAAUCCAGAAGACCCUCCGAUGUCCGUUACGCCUACGUCCAAGACCCCAUCUGUUUGCGAAGCUUUUACAAGCACCUUCAAACUGAUUGCGACGAAGAAAAUGGCGGUGAUGUUGACUCCAGCGUUUUUCCUUGGCGUUCAAGCUGUCGUGGCCACUGGCGUAUUCCCGCCUAGUAUUGAGGCUACAAGAAGCUUUGAAAGUCAUCAAUUCAUUUUACCGUAUAUCGUGCUAGCUUUUGGAGCUGGAGCUAUUGCGGCUGGCGCUCUCUUCCGAGUUAUGGAACGGAAGAAGAAGUCAACGUUCGGAAAUCGUUGGGUGAUCCUAGUGGGAACUGUUUUGAUGAUGAUUGGUUGGGGAUUGUGUGCCCUAAUUAUUCCAUGGAAAGCGGCAGUGGGAAAGACAGAGGAUCUGCCUUUGAUGGCUACUAGUUCUGCCUUGGUGCUGCUUAUCGGGUUCUUAUUCGGUGUCGCGGAUUCGUGCUGGCAGGCUCAAAUGAUGACGAUGGUGGGAGGCGUAUGGAGGGAGAGCAAUACCGCACCGGCUUAUGCUUUGCUCAAGUUCUUCCAGGCUGGAGCUGCGUGCUUCGGAUAUUUCUGCGGAAAACUCUUCGAAUUGCAUAUCAUCCUCGCUUUCGUCGCCGUUCUGGCCAUUAUCUCGACUUUCUGUUUCUUCACCGUCCAGCGAUGGGCCUUCAAAGAACAAACACAAGUGCCCGGGGAUGAAAAUGGACACGCAAAC